AUGCACGGGGUAACUAGCAAUGCCGAGAAAGGCUACACUUUAUUGCAGCGGAUCAGAGACGACUUCCCAGGUGUGAAAACAUAUGCGCUCACGUCGUUCGAGGACAAUAAGAGUGUGUUAGAACUGAAGAUUCAAGUUCAGGGGUUAGCAAUAGAACUGAUGCAGUAUGUCAAACAAGCGGGAGCUGACGAGAUUACGCUCAUUGGCUACUCGCAAGGAGGUCUCAUUAGUCGAUUUCUAGUUGAAGAGUUAAACGAUAACGGACUAGUUCACACCCUCAUAUCUUUAGCUGCACCCCAGAGCGGACAAUAUGGAGCCGGCACAUUUGACAAGCACAUACAUGAUCUGUUGUAUCUUAUUCUUGGUCAAGAAAAAACAACAAUGCUUCUUAGUUUACUUGGAGGAGCCACUGGACUAUUUGAUACCUUGUGCUCUAACGAAAUUAGCAUAGAUGUUAAAAUUCGAGAUCUACAUGCCAUGAAAAUUAACAACCUUGACCAAAUGUUAAGUGUGUGCACGUACUGGAGGAACCCGCUCAAAUUGAUGUCCACGCGCAAGAAUAACUCAAACUAUUUCAGCACAAUGAACAACGAAAAUAUCCAAACCGCAAACAAACGAUAUAAAACUAACUUCGCCAACUUGAACAAAUUGGUGCUUGUCGGUGGGCCAAACGAUGGAGCUAUUACACCAUGGCAUUCGACUCAGUUCGGAUAUUUCAAGGAGGGGUCCCUUAAUGAAGUUGAGACUAUGAGGGAAACCAAGAUGUUCACUGAAGACUCUUUUGGACUGCGAACCCUGGACGAGAAGGGAGCCAUAGUCAUGUGUAGUGCUUACACGAACCAUACUAUGGUCGUCGAGGACAGUGAUACAUACGAGAGAUGCAUCAAGCCAUACAUUGGAGUGGGUUUUUAUUAA